AUUGUUCAUCGAGAUAUUAGACUAGAAAAUAUUUUUAUAAUAGCAAAUGAAACUGCUAAAAUUGCCAACUUUUCAUUUAGUAGACAGUUUAUCGAUAAGUCAAGAAUAUUAGCUAUUUCAUUACAAACUGUAUGUUACACUGCUUCUGAAAUAUUGUACAGAAAUACUAAUAAAUAUAAUACUAAAUGUGAAGUUUAUAGUUUUGGCAUCCUUUUAUUGGAGUUAGCUGAACAAAAGAUUCCAUAUAAAAAUCUUGAUGACAUUAUAGAAAUUAAAAAUCAUGUAGAUAAGGAAAAAUAUCAAGAACUAUAUACAAAUUAUUCUAAUUUACUACCAACUAUAACAGAAAUGUUCAAAGCACUUAAAAUACUUCAAGAUAAUUUUUGCUCACUUAGACUAUUAACUUUUAUUCUCUAUAAUGAUAAUAUUAAAGUUACUGAGGUUAUUAACUUUGCUGAAUUUAAUUAUAUGACAAUAAAAGAAGCAACUUUAGUUCAUCGUAUUAAUAAUGGAAACUUAGAAAUAGUUUUCAAAUGCUUUAAUGCUUAUGCAAAAUCAGGAAAUUUAAAAGCAAAAUACUUUGUUGGAUAUUACCUAUUUAAAAAACUAGUAAAUACUUCCUAUACUGAUAAAGAAAGAGAGAAACAUGCUGCUCAAUUAUUCAAAGAAGUUGCUAAUUCAGGUAAUGAAGUACUUGAUGCACAAUUAAAGUAUAGAUUAUAUCUAUUUCAAAGAAUAGAUGUUGAUAGAGAUUUUUCUGAAGCUGCAAAAUAUUUCCAAAAAGCUGCUAAAAAUGGUCUUGCUGUUGGUAUGUAUAAUGUUGGAAAUAUGCUUUAUGUUGGUCUUACAGACAUUAAAGAUGAAAAAUUGGGAAUAAAAUAUAUUAGAAAAAUUACAACAAAUCUAAUUAAAGCUAAACAAAAUAUUGAAGUAGCUCAAGGAAAACAAAAGGAAUAUUAUGAUGAAUAUAUAAAGAAAAAACAAUUCUAUAUUGGUAACAAAGUAUUAUUAUAUCAAUCAGCUCAAACUAAAGUUCAUGGUGAUAAAUUUCAUGAAAAAUGGAAAUAA